AACUUAUCCUUUAAGGAGAUAAAUUAAAAUCAGUAUAGCAUGAAUUUGCCUUAUAUUAUCAUAGGACGCUUAUACUAAGCAAGAAAUUGUUAUUAUUUGACACUUCUUUGACUUUCCAGUUCGAUCCUAUCCCAAGAUUCCGUAGAACACCGGUUUGAAAGUGACGUCAUGUACAAACUGUGACCACUUGUAGAUUUCGGAACGGGGCAGAAAAUAUUUUGAAAAACUGAGAAUAACGGGACCAAAAACAGCUUUAAAUGCAUGAUACGAUUGAAACUAUGUCCUCAGUUCCAGAAUGGAAACAGGCACUGAUUGAAAAAAGGGAUAAACAUACCACGCAACAAAUUAGUCACCGUGACGAGAGAUCAACACAAAGUAAUCGGCCCCACCACGAAGAUAAAAUGCUUGUCGGACUGCCUGCCUGGAAACGGGAAAUCGUCGAAAAACGUCGACGACAAGCGAAAUCGGAGACAUAUUCAGAUAAUGAGAUAGACAGUGAGUUCAGCAGAAAUGGGUCUGAUCAUUCCUCGCAUCAUUCACACAGCAGUGAUCAAAGUGAUACUGGGUCAGAAAAAAAUGGAGGUCACUCAGCUGGAGCCACCACCCAUAACAAGCACGACAUCUGUGCUAAUGACGAUGUCAGGGAAAACGGAUUUGACGAGGAGACUCACAUAAUUCCCGUGAAAAGUAAUCCGUGGGUUGUGAAGGACCAGCAGGGUCGAUCCAGGAGGAGAAGUCGGGAGUUGAGGAUCGAUGUAAGUUGUGAGGAUGGGGUUACUGAGAUAGAGUAUGAAGGAGAUGGCGAGGUGGAGAACAGUAGUCCUGCUGAGUCGGAUCAUGAGGAGCCCUAUAGGCCUGGGUUUGUGAACAAACUGAGAGGGAAAUUUGCCUCUUUACUUUCACCCACAGCAAAUGCCUCCAAGCCUGUAUGGAACACAUCUAGUCUUGAGCGUGCACACUCACACGAGACAACACGCUUGCGUUCGAACAGUAACGAAAUGUCACCACGUGAUGUUGGUUUUAAACUGACAGCUAAGAAUAAGGCCCAAAGUGUGGACAACCUGGCUGGUUCCAGGCAUUUCAGUUCACCAGUGCACAUAAGUCCAAAACGUCAGCAAAGUGCCCCUCAGCAGCGGGAUACAGUCGAUGGCCAUCCUAAGCAAGAUUCUGUCAGUUGCGAUGAUUUCGAGUCACCAGAGCGCAUACGUAUUGGAAGUGGCACCUCAGCUGAUGUGCCUCUUAUUGUAAGCCCAAUGUCCUCAUACAGGGAGGACAUUAUCAUUAUAGAAGAACCCAGAGACAGAGAAAUUAUCCCAAAUGGUGACGUGGAGCCUUAUAGGAUACGAAGCAGUAGCCGAGAGGUCAUUGAAGAAGAGCUGCCUAAGCCUAACACCGUCCUUUCAGCACGGUCAAUGUUUGAGGACCCAAGUGCCCCUCCACCAGGGAAGUCGUAUAAUGAUACAUUAAAAAAGCGCAGAGCACCACAGCCACCAGGGGGAAACAAGCCGAAGGGUGCUACUUCCACACAGGAAGGAGAGCAAGUUAAAGUCAAGCCAAGUUCACAAGUAAGUGCUAACAAACCACUGGACAUGCCUUCAGGGAGACUAACCAAUGGAAAUAAAGCGCCCAGUACCAAGCGUCCUGCGCCUCAGCCUGACCAAUCGGGUGUGAAAACUGCCAGAGCUUCCAAACAACCUGCCCCAAAACACCCAGCACUGUCUUCUGUUGGGUCUGCACCCUCAAGGACAGAGUUCAUUCAACCAUCAGCCGUGACCAAACCAGCUUCAACCAAACCUGUGGUGUCUGUGGCACCAGCACCAAGACCUGUUGUCUCAGUGGCACCAGCACCCAGGCCUGUCGUAUCUGUGGCACCAGCUCCAAGAGCAAAGGUCAGUGAAGAUGUUCCGAGUAAAAUAGAAAAGGUGGCAGAGAAAGAAAAAACAGCAAUUGUGAAUCAACAACCAAAGGUUUCCAAGGAAAAGAGUAAGGCCAUAGAGUCCACAGCAUCAAGAGAACAGCAUGGGUUCUCAAAUCGUGUAUCGGAGAUAGUUGGCUCUAAAAAGCAACAGGGACCUACUUUUUCAAACCGCUUUUCUAAUAACCGUUUCCUGACCCCAGACGAGCCUGAAAGUCGGGUAGAGCAUACGGCAGACGGACGUGUCAUCAUCAGUGAUAAAGCGCUGGAAAGGAUCCGCAAAGCAGGAAAGUCCUGGUUUUUCUCUGCAGGGGACCCCAAAGUGGUGCCUGGUGGUGCCACACUGGUGCCAGUAGAGGCGAAAGCUAGGAAAGUCACGCCAAAACCUCUGGACUUGAAAAAGGUGGACGUUGUUCAGCCGCCAAGUAAUCAUUUUAUUCCUGAUAAAUCCAUAUUCGAUGCCCCAUCAGACAUAGACUAUACUGUCCUCACAGGAACAGCAAAAGUUAGUGAUGGUAGUAAAAACAAUGGGUAUCAUUCACAAACUCAAGUGGUCAACAGUGUGCCUGUCACAAACAUUGAUGAUGUUCCAAAUACCCCAGAAAAAUCAAGCACAGUGGAUAAGCAUGUUGCCACGGUGGUGAAGACAGUCAAGUACGAGUUUAUUGGUGCCAAUGUACAGUUAGAGAAAUCCAAUUUAUCCACCAAGAAGGAGAAAAAGCUGGCGGUCAGUUUCAGCAAUGACCAGCUGGCCAGCAUACACGAAUACCCCUCUGAAGACUGUAUGCUGAACAUGCUCCGUUCCCAAGGUGUCAAACUGGAUGUGGACGAUAUCCAAGACAGCCCUGACAUGGACAAUGAUGAGGACGAGGAAGAUGUGCUCACUAUGAGCAUUGAUAACAACAGUAACAAGGGCAGUAACAGUAGUUUGUCAUCUCUGCAAGGCCUUGGGAGUGGGGGUUCUGGUCUGUCUAGCUACAAGGGCCGUUUUCAGAUGGAUUACCAGUUUGGUAUGAACAUGUACCAGGAUGAACCAGUGGCUCCACCUAAACAAGAGGAGCCACAACCAGACCCCGAAGAUCUCUCAGUCAAACCUGCUGAUGAUGACUUUGCCUGGUCAGAAUCUGCAACAUCAGAUCUUCUAUUCUGAUUUACUUAUAUGAGUUAUUUUCUACACUGGAGCUAUGAUCAAACUGCAGUUGGAGUUGAUUGUAUGGUAAUAAUGCAGCAAAGAACCAAAAUGUUGAAUAAUCAGUGAACAUGAGUAAGGGGAACAUCAUUAAUCACAGUUAGAUGUGUUAUGAACAUUGUUUCUUGAAAUUGCCCUUGCUAUAAAAGAGACUGCUGCAGUAUUUCAUUCCAGCGCAUGGUCAGACAUAUACCAAGAACAGCAUUCGUUUACCUUGUUGCAUUUGCACAAAAAAAAAAAAAAUAUUGAACACCUUGGCUGCUGUGAUACAUAACCCAAGGUGGUGUGCAUCCAAGACGAGCUCAACGUGAAAUCUGAGAAUGAAAAAUGAGCUUAUUUGAUAACUGAUUAGUUCAAAGAAAUAAUGAUGCUUAAACAACACCACUCCUGCCUCCAAGGAUCAAUGCCAGACAUAGAUUCCUUGAUAGCAGAACCGUGGGUGGAAUCCAUGACGAAGUGUAUAUAGUUGAUUACAUAUACUUGAAAACAAGUGGAAGGUUAUCUAUUAUUUAUAUAUGUAUAGUUCACUUACAAAUGGACCCGGAUCACUGACAGUAUGCAUGGAUGGUGCUGUGAAGAUGUGUGGUGUUUCUACAAAAAUUGCACAAUCUGAGAAGCAUGAAGCCCUCAGCCGAUAUGGGAUGACAUUUGGGAAGUAUAGAAUAUAAGACAAAAGUUCCAAGUCUUUCAAACAUUCUGUGCCUGUGUUUGGUGAAUGCCUUUACAUGGUUGAAUUAACAGUAGAAGUUAGCUAAAUAAAGAGGGAUGUUUAUAGUUGAAAAGGAUAUAUAUCAUUAUUAUAAAAAUGCUGCCUUUCCCAAAUAGCAAAUGCCUGUUAGUCUCAAAAAAAAAUCAUAACCUCCAUGUUAAUAGAAUACUGCUAGUAUUAAAUGUAACAAGUGUUUGUACUGCUGAAUCCCUCGUUAGGAAUGUACAGAAUAAUCCAGAUU